AUGAGAGCACCCAACAGCAGCAAACGACUCGCCGGAGUGAUUGAAGAAGUCCAAGAUUUAGAAUGGACCCCGCUAGCGUCGAUUCGCGAACGUGAUGAAGUUCUGGGAGACCUGUAUGGUUGCAUUCUCGAUGAUUUUCGGUACGUGACACUCGAAGAUGCACCGAUUGACCUGUCACCUGUAUUAUUUGUUGUUAUAGUUGGUAUUACCGAGUCUUUGCCAUGCCUUCUGGUUUCUGAUGUGCACAGUUACAUAAUAUUGCAAAUCAUGAAGUUUGAAGUGAUCGAUUAA